UGAACUUGAAGGUGAAGUGGAUCACGCCUUUUUUGACAGUGAGUGUGAAGAUGGGGGAGUAAAGAAAGGAGGUUUGAAGGCAGAAAAGCUGAGCUUCAAGGCACACAAGCAGUUAUCUGCAAAACAUAUCAAAGAUGAAGGUAUUGAUCUAUCCCCAAGGACUGAACGGAUGAGGAGACACUUGAAACAAGCUGAGAACAAGGCCAGAGCGUCAGAUGCCUCGUUUGUGUCCUGUAAAUCAGAUAAAGCCAUAAGUAAUAGUAGUGAUAGUGAGGAUGAUUCAAAUGGGCGCUCUAAAAGGCCCAGUGGAACAUUUUUGGCUUUGGUGGUAGAUGCAUUAGAGACAGAUUGUAAUAACACUGAAAACACCAAUAAAACAGGAGAAAACGCCUUAGCAGCCAGCCCAAACAGGAGGAGUGAGAAAUCAUCUUCUGGAAAACGAUUACAAAGUCAGCACCCCCAAAACCCAUCUCCUGCUUUAACUGAUGCCAGUGCAGAUGCAGAUUCUGAGAGCUCCUGUAGGAGUCAGAGGUCUAUUUUAGGGUCCCCCAGCUUGCCCAAAACCACCAAGUSUUCUUUACGUCAUGGAGUAAGAAGGACCAGAGUGGGCUCUGCGGGAUCUCGAGAUUCACCUGCCUUAAGUACAGAUGAGUCAGACGGCACYGUAACAGAUGUGAGCCCUCUGUCCUCAGCUGAUUCCAGCCCACCCCGAUCAUUACAUCUGAACCACGCUGAAGUGGGAAAGGGAAGUGAUGAAGAGCAGCAGGAGAGUGUGCCCUCCAGUGGGCUCAGCAACAUACGUCAAGAGGAGGGUUCAUUUCAGGAAACAGAAGAAGGCACCUUCAGUUUAGAAAGUCAACUUGAGCACAAACUGGUUCUCCACUCUCCUGGAGGGAGAAACAGGAAGAAUGACUCGUUUUCUAAUGAUGAUUUCCUUUGCGUAGAUCGAGAAAAUGAGCGAUCUCUUGAGGAGCUGUCACGCCUUUCUUCAGCACCCAGCUCGAGGAAAGCCACUGUGAAGAAAACCUAUGUAGUCUCACCUGUGGUUAAGAUGGCUCACAGUGCACUUAACAGGAAGAGGGAGCAGCAACGCAUUGAGCGGGAGAACCUGGCAAUGAAGAAAAGACUGGAUUCAGUCACGCCCACACAUGGCAUGAGUCGUGUAAAGCAGCUGGCUGACUAUCAGCGCCUCACUGACUAUAAUAUAAAAGCUUUAUCACGUUUCUUUAUUACACACAGUGAGAAAAAAGAGAGGUAGCAGGAGGACGUCUUCAGCACUCACAGGUCCCAGACCAGUCAGUUCCAGAGCAACUUACACCAACACUGACUCCAGCAGCACCCCUAUACCCAGGUCCAA